AUGGAGUACAGCAACACGCGGUCCACAUCCGACCGUGACACCCUCGCCGACAUCCUCCGUCCUGCCGACACUCCCAAGCUCAGUGUCGCCCCCGACAACGCAGUCCACCCGAACGCGGCUGUCCGGGCCAGCAUGCUCCAGUACGCCAAGGAACGCGAGCUCGCGCGCACCCCAUCCCUCUCGGCCGAAGCUCCGGAAUUCCGCUUCGCCCCACCUCUCGUCGCUUCGACAACCCUCUCGAGCGUGCCUAUGACCCGUUCGAUCGGUCAGAGCCGCCAUCCCGCGGAAUACCAGCACCGGCCUCUCCAGAGGACCUCGCCACGCAUCGGGGAGGGACACUGGUCCACACUGCACCUUGGGAGCGUUCGGGAUGAUCCCACCAGGCGAUUCGGGACGGAUGACCGAGCCGUAUUCCCGCCUUUCCACGAAGAUUAUUUCAACCUCUGCCAGUCUGCAGCGAAGUCUGCGCAUGCUUCCGAGUCCUCGGUCGCUCACGCAUCCUCUACCACAUCCGGCUCGACGGACAACAUCUCUGGUGACAUCGACCCGGAUCGCCUGCGGUCUGACCCCCUCUUCCGAUCGGCGUAUCUGGCUCCCGGCCAGCCUACUCUCGCCCGCCAGUCGGCAACGGUCUCCCCUACCUUUACUUUCAAGCCGUACAUCCCCACACCUGUCUACGUCGCGCCAGGCAGCUCCCUCCCUACCUCUCCCGUCAACGGCAAGACUGCUUCGGUCUCGACCCCCGCCAACUACUCGUAUGACGCUCACUACCCCCCUUUGCCGACUACUAAGCCAUCUGCAACCCACGCGUCCAAGGCGUCAGCUCUCUCCUCCUCUACGGCGAGCCUUCAUAUCGAUAUCCCGGCGGAGUACGCCGAUAUCGUCUCUCAGCCGCCCAUGUCGCAGCCUGACUCGCCCGCUCUUCGCUCCGACCACGGCUCGACUCCUCCGGUCUCAGCGGCGUCGCAAGUUACUCCGAUCGGCUACCACUCGGAGGGCAGGGAUGGGAGCAAGGUCAAGUCUGAGGCAGUCAAGGCAACGGAGAAGCAGCAAGACGUCGACUACUACAAGUUCCACCAAUCGAGCGUCAAUGACGAGGCUCUUCUUCCUGGAUCGCCCGAGCGAGCCCAACGGGCAAGGGCGAUGCUGCAGGCUCUGUCGAGGCCUCGGGUCACAUCUCCUCAAGGGGGGCAGCGAGUGAGCUCUGGGUCUGGGUCCUUUGGAACCGCGUCCCGCAACAGUAACGUCUCGGCCAUCUCGGACAUCUCGUUUGCGUCCGCCAUGUUCGAGCCGGGCUAUGGUGGCUGGGAUGACCUCCACCACGCGAUCGAUCCUCGGGAUUACCACGCCGAUCACCCCGCCCUCGACAUCACUCAGUCUUCCCAGAGGGCUUGGGGCCAUCUCCCUGUUCCCAGCCCAAACGAGCCAAACCUUCCGGCUCACAUUCGGUCACUCGUCCAGCCCGAGAUCCGCUCCAUCUGGGACCGCAGCGCUCGCUCUCCUGCGCCGCGGCAGCCCGUCGCCCAAGCCACUCGGGACAGUGGCAUCAUCCCAAGUUCCGACUAUCUCGACUGGCCUUAUCAGCAGACCAGUCUGGCCGCCCAAGUGCAACGACAAGCAUACCAACAGCACCAAUACCGGCCUUCCACUCAUUCCUCGUACGACCUCUACUCGCAGGACGGUAUCAGCUCUGUUGAUUGGACUAGCCUCCUCUCCAACAGCACCACUAGUACUGUUGAUAGCGGGAGAGCUAAUGGGGCUAGUCUGUCCUCGCGUGGACUGCCGCUUCCUGAACUUCGCGAGGAACCCGGAAUGCAAAUUGUGCGGUGUACGGAAGAAUAUCGACGAUCCAUCAGUAUGUUCAAUUCAUUUCAUGGUAAUUCGAGGCAAGCUAAACAUCUAGCAGAGGAGCGGACAGCAGCCUGGGCCGCCGCUCGGCUCGGCGGGGGAUUGGCAGUGCGCGACAUGCCUGUUCAUCAAUUGGCGCCGUCGGACCCUGUGCAUGAAGUGCUUCCCGGACCACCCGUCCAAUUCCGAUCGAACAUUCAACUAUCCCGACCCGCGUCCCCAAGCGUAUGCGAGUGCCGCGAGCUUGCCAUUCGGGCGGGGGCUGUCGGGCCUCGCUUCCGGAACGAACCAUUUCCCUGCCAGCACAAUCAGCGGCUCUCGGGGAAUGUACGACCUCAGAAGCGCUUCUCCGCCAACAAGAACCCCCUUAUCCUCGCCUCGGACGCUCUCCUCUCGACUGGACUGUACGACUCUUCUCCCGAAACCCCAUAA